AUGUUCUGCGGCGGCGCCACGCGCAUCAAGGAGCACCUCUGUGACAAGUGCACCGACGACUCCCCGGAGUUCCUCGCGCUCAAGGAGUCGCUUCUGGGCGCGAAGGGCGAGAAGGGCAAGACGCUGGCGGCCAAGCGCGCGCACGACGAGGUUGCCGACUCUGUCGCCGCGGGCGAGGCGAAGGCCAAGGCCAAGCUUGGGCAGAAGAGCAUCCAGUCCUCGAUGUACUCCGGCAAGUCGGAGGCGUGCGACAAGGCGAUCGGAGAGUUCUUCUACGGCCUCAACGUCGGGGCGAGCAAGGUGUCGCACCCGCUCUUCAAGGACCUCGUCGAGGCGCUCAAGACCGCCCCCGCCUCCUACCAGCCGCCGACGCGCCAGCGGAUGCUUGGUGACCUCCUCGAGAAGACCACCGACACGCUCAAGGCCGAGGAGCGGCCGGUCCGCGGCGAGGUGCUCAAGUACGGCGGAAGCAUCAUAUCUGAUGGAUGGGACGACGUGAACUCGUCGCAUCUCAUCAACGCGGUCGCCAAGCUGCUCAUCGAGCAGAUCACGCGCAUCGGCCCCCCCAUGGUCGUGCAGGUCGUGACGGACACGUGCUCCGUCAUGAAGGCUGCGUGGAAGCUCGUGGAGACCAAGUUCCCGUGGAUUACGUGCACGUGCUGUGGCCCGCACGUGCUCAACCUCUACCUCAAGGACCUCGGCAAGAUCGAAGAGGUCGCGGCGGUCAUCAAGAAUCUAACAAGAAGUCCAACGCCAUCCUGA